CUCCUCCCGGCUGCUUCCGUUGCUUCUUACCAGUGCAUCUAACUUCGAUUGUCUGGCCAAUCAUCGUAGUAGCCGACUACCACCCUGGUCAGCCGCUUAUCUCGUCCUUCGGGGGACCAGGCGACACCACACAAGGUAUCCUGCUCAACAACCGGUACCAUAAAAACUUACCGCCCUCUUCAAUAUGUCGACUGAAAAGGAAAUGAACCCUGCGGAGGUGGAGCAGGAGGAACACGACACUAACUAUCAGCCACCGCCGCAGAAGACGAUCGAGGAAAUCAUGGCCGCCGAUGCCGAGGACGAAAGCUUGCGAAAGUACAAGGAAGCGUUGCUUGGCGAAGCGCAGGCUGAGAAAAUAGUAUUCGAUGAAUCAGACUCCCGAAAAGUGAUCGUCAAAAAGCUCGCCCUCAUCGUUGCCGAUCGCGAUCCCAUGGAGCUUGAUUUGACUGGGGAUUUGACGAAGCUGAAAAAAAAUGUGUUCGUAAUUAAAGAGGGUAUUCAGUAUAAAAUUCGCAUCGAUUUUGUCGUUCAGCGAGAAAUAGUACACGGACUGAAGUAUGUUCAGAAAACCUACCGAAUGGGUGUCCCAGUUGACAAAAUGGUGCAAAUGGUCGGUUCCUAUCCACCGAAGAAGGAAAUCCAAAGUUACACGACCCCGUUCGAGGAAGCCCCAUCCGGUAUGAUGGCCCGUGGUACCUACUCCGUCACCUCCCUGUUCACCGAUGACGAUAAGAACGAGCACCUGAAGUGGGACUGGAGCUUUGAAAUCAAAAAAGACUGGCAGUAAAAUGCAAAUUCCCGUGCACCACCCUCAUUGCUCGCAAUUCCUCACACGAACAACUACCCCCUCCUCUCCUUUCCCAUACUCGUUCUUCACAUACACACACGAACAAACACUACAAGCGAGCGCAAUAAAACAAAGCAUAUAUAUACAGUAGAUGGAUAGAGUAUUUCGAGCAUAUUAGAUGAGGAAGAAGCUGGGUAAGGAACUUUGAAUGCGUAUCAGUGUGGCAUAGCUAAUACACAGGUGCAAGGCGAAAUCCUUUGAAGGAACACUGGAUAUGUUUAGUGAGUACGGUGGAAUCUAGUAGAGCGACAAAAAAGCGGGCCAAAAUGCGAUUCGAGGAGCAACAGGAAAUGAUUUCCUUUACCACUGUCGGCGUUUGAACGAUAAAUAUAGAUGUAAGGAAAUUGAUUAAAAAAACGGAUAACAAUAAGCAUUCAAACAACGCUCAAUCAAAUUCUGGCCACCGCAUGCAUGGAUCAAUCCGGAAAAAAGUAUAGCUCUGGCACGAGUGAACGUAACAAACAAGAUAUAUAUGUUUUAUUUUUUUUCUGCGCAAUGUACUUGCGAGUAACGCUAUGCUAGAUAGAGUUGUUGUGGAUCGGUGAGGUAAAAUCGCUAGAACGCAUUUCUUCAUAGUAGAAGCUUGGUCUAUAGCCAUUGAAAUCUUAUUCAGUAUGAAUUUUACUUUUUAGUAUAUUGAAAGCCUACGCAUCGUAUUCGUAUUAUCUCGUGCGGGAGAGGACGCCAAUGUGUUUAUUGCGGAGGAAAAGUCUUUUUUCCAUGCACAUGCAACAUAAUAUGCCUGUAUUUCUUUUUCAAAACAUAGCUUAAUGCCGGCGAGGCGUGGAUAUUCGUUGUGAUGAUUUUUAAAUAUUACGGUUGAAUUCUUUGCUCUAUCAUUUAACGUUUUUGAGUCCAAAUCCAUUUGUGUGAAGUAACAGGAAGAACACCAUUAGAAAUGGUGCCAUGUUUUUUUCGCUUGAACCCUUUUCAAUGCUUCAAGCGUUGGAGUUUUAACGUUCCAAUGCUUUAUCCCUUGCAACGGGACAAUGCCUUAUCGCAUUCAAAGUGCUAAAUGCCAAGAACAUCAUCCUGCCUGUGUCACAUUCAGCACACUUGUUCACGCCGGAAUAGCGCAGGCUAUUCGUAUUUGUAUGAUUGAAGAUAAAUCACGCAAUGAACGGGUAGAUAUCACGACUCGCAGUUCUUACGGUGCAGGGCCGCAUUUACGUUUCUUUGCCUUCCGUUGAAUAUGCAAGGGUAGAGUUGAAUGAAAUAAACCAAAUACAGGGGUGCUUGGAAAAAAGAAGAAAACAGGAGAAGAUCAAAUACCAAAUACCGCUGUCCUACUGAGGAUUGAAUAACAUUGUUCAUGGAACGACGCUCUGCAGACGAGGAAGGACGGUUGAAAAGAUUCCAUUUGAUAUGAAUAAAGUGUGUGUAUUUAUGGUAAGAAAGCAAUAAACUGCAUAACUUGGCGAGAUUAAUCAAUCUGCGCCACGCAAAUCCUGUGAACAAUAAUAAAAUUCACCAAUUAUUAGCUGCUCUAGCUCCGAUAGAUUGCAAGGGUCCUUUCUGCUGUUAUCAUUAGCCAUUUGUAUUGUAAACUAGGAGCAGGCUGGCAAAUGGGGGGGGAAAAACGGCGUGCUUUAUAUUUGUGCCAGGCUCAACAACCAGUUCCAGCUCGCUAACAGAAAGGCAAAAAAAACACAAAACGGUCGGGAAGAAAGCUCUUCUCGCGUGCAUCAAAUGUAACCACCGUAUUGGAGAAUUCAAUCGAGCAGUAUGCAGCAUAUCUACACUGAAUAGAUGAAAAUGGACGAAGCUAUGCAAUGCAAUCGGCGUUGAAAGGCAUCUCCCAAGGGAAAAUGGACAGCCAGCGUCAUAAUGCGCAAUCUUUAAAUCCAAUAAAAUACACGGAAAAGAAUACUAUACCCAAUAUCGAGUCACGCUCAAUAGAAAACCAACUCGUGAUGAAAACAUAAUGAAUAAAUUGUCCCUCGAUACCCGAACGAUGCAAUGCAAUACGUCGGAAGAGCGUAUGCAGUAAUUUUCGCUGUAGAGCAAAACAAAACGUCUUAAAUCGUUGUUAUGAUAUCCAGCGAUAUACAUAUAAUACCGAAUGAAAACGUGCGUAAUAGGGUCGUAGAUAUGCUCUUUUCGUACCGUGCAAGACGGCCGGAUGCUCGGAGACAGCGCUAGUUUCGAUCCCAAAACUGAAAAAACUGUGCUCAAUUUGUUUGACUACGCGAUAAUGGUAAUAAAACGAAAAUUGUCGGUAAAUGUUCCA